UACAGGAUGCAGACAGGAACUCAUCUCAACAACUUUCUAUAUGGUCACUCUAGUUUUAUAUAACGUGUGCCCUCUAAUGGCUCUGCAACUUCAGUUACAUUAAUGUACCAGUGCUGGCUAGUAUUUCCCUUAUUGCUGCAAUUACACUUGUGCACACUCAGCUUUCAGAGCUUUGCUGCACACUCUGCUGUCUCCACCGCAGUUCUCUCUGUGGUGCCAUGCACUCCAUCCUGGCUCUGCAGGUAGUUCGGGAGGCAAAUCUGGAUUAAGUCUUCCAAAUUCAAAUUCUUCCUGCGGUUGGUAGGAGGCCAUCACGUGCUGUCUCCUUGGAUCAAGCACGUAAGGCCUGUAGGACAGCUGGGUAUUUUCUCUGCCCAGUAAUGAGGUUGACUCUGUACUGGUAUCUUUCACAAAAAGGCAGGGAGGCUAGCAAGCAACUGGUGGCUGCAGAGUGCGAGAGUGCAGAUAUCCUCUUCCCAGAGUUGGGGGAUAAGGUGCUGUACUCGAGUCCCUUUCCUCCAGCUGUGAAUCUAAGAUGUGAGUUCCAGGAUCCUCUUUUUCCACAAUGCUCCACUGCUUGGUCCCUUCCUGCUGACCCUUGCCCCACCUCUGGCGCCAAGAGGAAGGAUGUGGAGGAAUGAGUGCCCCCCUGUUGGCUUUUAGAACAUGGGCACUUUUGUAAAGAUGCAGCUGUGAUCCUCAGCUGUGUGUCUCACCGAAGGGACCCAAUGUUUUACAUUAUUGGUGGGAUCACAGUAUCUGUUAUAGCCUUCUUCUUCACCAUUAAGUUCCUCUUUGAGCUUGCCGCACGUGUAGUCAGCUUCCUCCAGCAUGAGGACCGGGAGCGUCGAGGGGAGCGAACUAUUUAUGACUACGUGCGAGGCAACUAUUUGGACCCCCGCUCCUGCAAAGUCUCCUGGGAUUGGAAGGACCCCUAUGAGGUGGGCCACAGCAUGGCCUUCCGAGUGCAUUUAUUCUAUAAGAAUGGGCAGCCCUUCCCUGCUCAUCGGCCUGUGGGGCUGCGAGUUCAAAUCUGCCAUGUGGAGCUAGCAAUGGAUAUUCCUGUGACCCAGGAAGUCCUUCAAGAGCCCAAUUCCAAUGUGGUGAAAGUGGCCUUCACUGUGCGCAGGGCUGGGCGAUAUGAGAUUACCAUAAAGCUCGGCGGCUUGAAUGUGGCAUACAGCCCCUACUACAAAGUGUUUCAGCCAGGGAUGGUGGUUCCCUCCAAGACCAAAAUUGUCUGCCACUUUUCCACUCUGGUGCUGACCUGCAGGCAGCAGCACACCUUGCAGAUUGUCCCCAGAGAUGAGUAUGAUAAUCCCACCAGCAAUUCUGUGUCCCUGGUAGAUGAGCACAACUACAGCCUUUCCAUCCAUGAGCUGGGUCCCCAAGAGGAAGAGAGCUCUGGCGUUUUGUUUGAGAAGUCAGUGGUGUCCAAUCGGCAGACUUGCCAAGUGUUCCUGCGACUCACCCUGCACCGUAGAGGCUGUUUCCAUGCUUGCAUCUCCUACCAAACCCAGCCUAUCAGCAAUGGCGAUUUUGACAUUAUUGUCCUAAGUGAAAAUGAAAUGAACAUUGUAGAGCGCAAUGUGUCCACAUCAGGGGUCAGUAUCUACUUUGAGGCCUAUCUUUACAACUCUGCUAGCUAUGCCAACAUGCAGUGGCACCUCCCGCCCACGCAUCUGGGCUCCUCCCAGCGCCGUCCUUCUACUGCAACUGAGGAUGAGGAUGAAGACUCUCCAUCUGACAGCCAGACUCCUGAGAAAGUGAAGAAACCUAAAAAAGUGUAUUGCUACGUGUCACCCAAGCAAUUCUCAGUGAAGGAAUUCUACUUGAAGAUCAUUCCUUGGCGCCUCUUCACCUUCAGAGUGUGUCCUGGCACCAAGUUUUCUUACCAUGGGCCUGAUCCUGUGCACAAGCUGCUGACACUGGUGGUAGAUGAUGGGAUCCAGCCCCCUGUGGAGCUCAGCUGCAAGGAGAGGAACAUCUUGGCAGCCACUUUCAUUCGUUCUCUGCAUAAAAACAUAGGAGGCUCAGAGACCUUUCAGGACAAAGUGAACUUCUUCCAACGGGAGUUGCGUCAAGUGCAUAUGAAGAGACCUCACUCCAAGGUUACACUGAAGGUCAGCCGCCACGGCCUGCUGGAAUCUUCUCUGAAAGCAACACGGAAUUUUUCCAUUUCCGACUGGAGCAAAAACUUUGAAGUGAUUUUCCAGGAUGAGGAAGCUCUGGACUGGGGAGGCCCCCGCAGAGAAUGGUUUGAGCUGAUCUGUAAGGCUUUAUUUGACACCACCAAUCAACUCUUUACCCGCUUCAGUGACAACAACCAGGCACUGGUGCAUCCCAACCCUGACCGGCCCCCACAUCUACGGCUGAAGGUGUAUGAGUUUGCAGGCCGCCUGGUAGGGAAGUGUCUCUAUGAGUCAUCUCUGGGAGGAGCUUACAAGCAGCUGGUGCGAGCUCGUUUCACCAGAUCCUUUCUGGCUCAAAUCAUAGGACUGAGAAUGCAUUACAAGUAUUUUGAAACAGAUGACCCAGAAUUCUAUAAAUCCAAGGUUUGUUUCAUAUUGAACAAUGAUGUGAGUGAGAUGGAGCUCGUCUUCGCUGAGGAGAAGUACAACAAAUUGGGGCAGCUGGAGAAGGUGGUUGAGCUGGUAACUGGAGGGGCUCAGGUCCUAGUAACCAAUGAAAAUAAAAUCUUCUACCUGAAUUUGCUUGCCCAAUACAGACUGGCCAAUCAGGUUAGAGAAGAAGUGGAUCACUUCCUGAAAGGUCUCAAUGAGCUGGUUCCUGAAAACCUCCUAGCUAUUUUUGAUGAGAAUGAGCUUGAGCUGCUGAUGUGUGGUACUGGAGACAUCAGUGUCUGUGAUUUUAAGGCUCAUGCUGUGCUGGUGGGAGGAUCCUGGCACUUCCGAGAGAAGGUCAUGAGGUGGUUUUGGACCGUGGUCUCCAGUUUCACACAGGAGGAACUGGCCCGGCUGUUGCAGUUCACAACUGGUUCCUCUCAGCUGCCUCCGGGAGGGUUUGCUGCGCUCUGUCCAUCUUUCCAGAUCAUCGCAGCUCCAACCCAUAGUACUUUGCCGACAGCCCACACCUGUUUUAACCAGCUGUGCCUCCCUACUUAUGACUCCUAUGAAGAGGUGCACAAGAUGCUGCAGCUGGCCAUCAGCGAGGGAUGUGAGGGCUUUGGCAUGCUGUGAUUCCCUUCCUCAUCCCAGCUUCCUGGCUCUUUAGGGCAAGGCGUAGCUCCACUGCUCAUUUUUCCCUUCACAGAGCAAUGGAGACAGAGCACAGACUCUGUGCAAAGAGGAAUGUCAUGUGGUCUUUCUGUGUCAAGAGUACAUCACCAAGAGCAUGCCUCAUGCCCUCCCCUCACUCUCAUCUCAGUCAGAGUGGUACGGGAAAAGAACUGUGGUACUUUUGUCAGAGAAUGGUACUGGGAUUUCCCAGGACUCUGUGCCUCUGUCCCGCUGGGAGGAGAGAGAGCCUGUGAGCAGGAGUUGCAGUGUGGCACAGGAGGUGGUCUAUGUAGCAGUCAGUAGUGUAGCUGUUUCGGGCGAGGACCAGCCUUAAGCUCUGUUGGAGAUCUGGCACGUGGGAAGCCUUAACACCUCUCCAUGCUUUGGCCCAAGUCCUUCUGCUGAUGCUCCCCUAUAGCUUAUGUAACUCCCCCUGUAUUGCAUGUUUCUGAAGGACACAGGCUUCUUUUCCCAUUCAGUAUCUGACCCAUUAGGGCUUCAGUUCUCUUCCUUUCACUUGCACUGGAAGCUGCCAUUUCUUGCCCUUGCUGGAGAGGAGGGAGAGCAGCAUCUGCUAGAGAGAGCAACCCAAAGGAACACACACUCAUUAGAGCACAAGCACUGGCCCUGGCAGUGACCCUGUACUACCUCCGCCAAGGGCUGGCAGCAGGAGCGUCCUUCUGUACUGACAGUGGCUGGUACAGGCCUCUGCUACUAAGCUGGAAGAGGAGAUUCUCCUCCAGUAAAUGUUUCCGAAGGUGGUCCUAAAGUUGCACAGGAAGCUGUCCCACACCCCUUGCCUUCCUUUCCCUUCCUCAGGAGAGGGGAUGGGUAUGAGUGUGUGAGCCCUCAAUGCUGAGCACAAAUGCCUCUCCAACGUUCACCUUCAUGGCACGUAUGUAGUAAGUGAUAGGCCAGCUGGCCAGCAGGCAGCUACUACAGUGUGCGUUGGGCUUCUGUUUGUACAGAAUUACAGUUGGGGUGAUGGUAUUGGACAGAACCCAGUACCUCAGCCCCUGACAUUCCGCAGGAUCUUGGCUUCUACCUCUAUCACAUGGCAGCAGGAGGCAGUGCCUGAAGUAUGCUGGAAGAAGAGGAGAGUGUUUCCCAAAAGGGUAUUGGUGUCUGGAGAGCAGCUGGCCUUCUCUCCUCCCAAUCCUCUGCUGUUCUCUUCCUGAGCACUGUUCCUUGCUGUUCCUUCUAGUGUUGCAGGCUUUCCAGUACACAGGGUACUAAACUGGAGCAUCUCCCAAACAGACACUGAGUAGCCCACGAGGUGGCAUGUUGCACUAACCAUUGUCCAGAUUACAGUUUGGGAGACAGUAUGAGCAGCAAAUUUAUAACUACCAGGUUCUGUUACCUCUGACUGUCUGCUCAGCUCCUCCCAUUCCAGCGAAGUAAAGGGGUGAGGAGUCAAGGAUCCUAGUUGGCAAACUUUCCAGUUUCAACAGUGAGGCCAAAAUCUGAACAGAUAAUUGAACUCCCAAUUUGCCCCUAAAGUGCAUCUCUUCAGGUCAAGAGUGGAAGCACAUUGGUGAGUGGUUGGUGUGUGAGAAGAACCUGCACUGCCUGUGUUGAAUGCAGUCACUGGAAUGAGGAGGAUUCAGGAUCCUGGGUUGGGAUUUCAAUCUAGCAUCUCUCCUAAGAGCUAAUUUUAGAAAAAUAGAUAAAAUAAAAAAUUGUGCCAUCA